GUAGGGAACAUGGGGGAUGGGACAGCUCUGUAUUGUUAAGUCUGAAUAGGAACUGACUCACUUCUCCAUGCUCAAGGAAUCUUGCACAUUUGGAUAGACACAGACCUCAUGCACACUUUUAGGAGAUCUGGAUCUACAGUGCUGGAAGCCUUCAGAACCAUCCCUAGAACGAUCUCGGAGGGACAUAUAGAGGAUCGGAGGAUCAAAGCAGCUUCUGUCUGAAUCCUGCAACUUUUAUUUUAUUCCAUAACUGGAUUUCUCAAGGUGUUUGCAGGGGAAAAAAUCCACAUUCUUGUUCCCCCUCUUUAGUCCACAGAUGGUUUAAAUUAGUCGUUCUUCCCUUGCCUCUGCAUACAUCCAUCAAGGGGAUUUUGUGUACCUUUUUGUCCUUCCUUGGGGUUUUUUUUUUUUUUUUUUAAAAGGCUUACUUGUUUUAAGUUCAAGAAAGGAGGUAUUUUUAAUCCGAUCUGUGUUUUAUACACGUUUUAAAAAAAGACUUUUAAGGGCUAAGAAAUCAGGAUUUUGUGAAAACUUGAGUCCCUUUUUUUAUUUUUUGUUUUUAUUUUUUUCCUUUUGACUAUUGAAUAGUUUUUUUUACCUCCCCCUUGAAUUCUUGACAUCAGCAGAAGGAUUACAGUGGAAAGCUACUUUGGAAACUAAAGGAUCUGAGAUUUCAAGCGUGGAGUGAGGCUCGUCUCCCCUCGACACUGGAGACCUCAUGGAUUCCUGUACUCUGCAUUAGCCAAGUUGGGAUGUUCUCUGGAAGGUCCUUGUUCCUCUGGGGUGUCCUGCUUGGCGCUGCUCUCUCAGCUGCCCGGCCCCCUUCCACCUUGCCGGACCAAGUUGCCCAAGCAGCCAAACCAGAAAUGGAAUCGUAUUUGGCUCACCCUGGAGACUCGCUAGUUUUACAGUGCAGGCUUCGAGAGGAUGUUCAGAGCAUCAGCUGGGUGAAAAACGGAGUUCAGCUUUCGGAGACUAACCGCACGCGCAUAACAGGGGAAGCGAUCCAGAUUUUCAACGCAGGGCUGGAGGAUUCUGGGUUGUAUGCCUGUGUCACUAGCGGCCCAUCUGGAUCUGAUACCGUGUUGUUCAGAGUUAACAUAUCAGAUGCCUUACCUUCUGCCGAAGAUGAAGAUGACGACGACGAUAAUUCUUCUUCAGAAGAGAAGGCAACGGAGAACUCUAAACCUAAUCGUCCAUAUUGGGCAAACCCAGAAAAGAUGGAGAAGAAACUGCAUGCUGUACCAGCAGCCAAAACGGUGAAGUUCAGGUGUCCGGCAGGCGGGACACCUACACCCACACUACGCUGGCUGAAGAACAGCAAAGAGUUCAAACCAGAUCACCGCAUCGGUGGUUAUAAGGUCCGUUCUCAGACAUGGAGUCUUAUAAUGGAUUCAGUUGUUCCAUCUGACAAAGGAAAUUACACCUGUAUCGUAGAGAACAAAUAUGGCAGUAUUAACCACACUUACCAGCUGGAUGUAGUCGAGCGUUCCCCUCAUCGGCCAAUCCUUCAAGCUGGACUGCCAGCGAAUACAUCAGUUACUAUUGGAAGUAAUGCUGAGUUCUUCUGCAAAGUGUACAGCGAUCCACAGCCUCACAUACAAUGGCUUCGGCACAUUGAAAUCAACGGGAGCAGAAUAGCCACCGAUGGCUACCCUUAUGUGGAGAUUCUGAAACACUCUGGGAUUUAUAGCUCAGACGCAGAAGUUUUGACCCUGUACAAUGUGACAGAGGCAGAGAGUGGGGAGUACAUAUGUAAAGUGUCCAAUUAUAUUGGUGAGGCCAAUCAGUCUGCGUGGCUUACCGUCACCAGACCCAUGACUCAAGUGGUGGAUGAGAAACCGUCUCACAUGACCUCCUCGCUACACCUUGAGAUUAUCAUUUACUGCACGGGAGCUGCCAUCGUGUCUGCCAUGUUUGUGACCAUCAUUAUCUUCAAGAUGAAGCAUCCUUCCAAGAAGUCCGACUUCAACAGCCAGCUGGCUGUCCACAAGCUGGCCAAGAGCAUUCCACUGCGCAGACAGGUAACAGUGUCUGCAGAUUCCAGCUCUUCAAUGAAUUCUGGAGUAAUAUUAAUUAGGCCUUCUCGGCUGUCCUCAAGUGGAACACCAAUGUUAGCUGGUGUAUCUGAAUAUGAGCUUCCUGAAGACCCCAGAUGGGAAGUAGCAAGGGACAGGUUAGUCCAUGGAAAGCCACUUGGAGAAGGCUGCUUUGGUCAAGUAGUUAUGGCAGAGGCUAUUGGGCUAGACAAGGAGAAACCAAACCGGAUCACAAAAGUUGCAAUCAAAAUGCUUAAAUCUGAUGCAGGUGAGAAGGACUUGUCUGACCUAAUUUCAGAAAUGGAGAUGAUGAAAAUGAUUGGAAAGCACAAAAAUAUAAUCAAUCUUCUUGGGGCCUGUACUCAGGAUGGUCCUUUAUAUGUGAUCGUUGAAUAUGCCGCUAAAGGGAAUCUCCGGGAAUAUCUUCGAGCAAGGCGUCCACCUGGCAUGGAAUAUUGCUACAACCCUAUCUGUGCCCUCGAUGAGCAGCUCACCUUUAAAGACCUGGUCUCCUGUGCCUAUCAGGUGGCACGUGGCAUGGAAUACCUGGCUUCCAAAAAGUGCAUCCACAGAGAUCUGGCUGCUCGGAAUGUUCUCGUAACCGAGGAUAAUAUCAUGAAAAUUGCUGAUUUUGGCCUUGCUCGUGAUAUCCACCAUAUUGACUAUUACAAAAAGACAACAAAUGGUCGCUUGCCAGUAAAAUGGAUGGCUCCCGAAGCUCUAUUUGACCGAAUCUACACUCAUCAAAGUGAUGUGUGGUCAUUUGGGGUUCUACUGUGGGAAAUUUUUACACUUGGAGGCUCGCCAUAUCCUGGGGUCCCUAUGGAAGAACUAUUUAAGUUACUAAAAGAAGGACAUCGGAUGGACAAGCCCACAAAUUGUACCAAUGAACUGUACAUGAUGAUGAGAGACUGCUGGCAUGCAGUGCCAUGCCAGAGGCCCACCUUUGUACAGCUGGUGGAAGAUCUAGACCGUAUAUUGGCUCUCAGUUCUAACCAGGAGUACCUUGAUCUGGCCAUGCCAGUGAGUCAGUAUUCUCCAUGUUUCCCAGACACAAGAAGCUCCACGUGUUCUUCGGGGGAAGAUUCAGUUUUUUCUCAUGAUCCCUUACCUGACGAACCUUGUCUUCCCAAAUACCCCAAUGGAGGACUUAAAAAACGCUGACAGUCUAAUCAGAGGUCCCCUCUUUCCCUCAGACUUUGUAUAACUUUCAUGCAUUCCCCAAAAAUGAACAUUCAUUCUACUUAGUUCCCAAGAACCAUGGUACUAUUCCAGAUCAUGUCUUCAGUCUUACCUCAUACUUUGAAGGACCUCUGGGAUUCUGACAUUUGAAGUGGGAAAAAAGACCAAGUAUUGCAUACCCUACGACCUGUGUCCACACGAAAAUGCCCUGGUGACAGUGUAGGUACAAUGAUGUCAACUUACAAGGAAAUCUCAUCCAUCACGCUAAUCAAAGGAAUGCCAGCUGUCCUUAAGUGAACUGUUUGGAUCUUUUGAGGUCAUUUAAAUGCCACCUCAGGAUAUUGCCUCUCAGCUUAUCUUUUUCAGAUACUUUGGCUACAGUGCAUAUUGAUGUUGCACUUGGCUAUUUUGUGCAUUCAUUUGGAGCAUGCCUUAACCAUCAAAAACAUUUGGAGAUCAACAUAAUGUAGCCCAUAGUUGUCGUCAUACUCCAAAACUCGUUUUGGAUAAGCUCUUCCUUUCAAGAUACACCACGAAUGUCUUCUGUCCACAAUUAGUUGAACUGGCUGAUACAUGCAGAAAAACUAAUAAGGAUAUCAUUAUGCUUCAUAUUUGAAUGUCUUAAGUCUUAAUAAAUUGAAGGAAUGUUUUAAAGCACCUAUCACAAGCUGACUGUGCCUAAAUCUUGCACGUCGAUUUUUUUUAACCGUAAGAUUUUAACCUCUGCUGGCCAGCUAACGGUACAAAGAAUAGACCAGUUUCCUUGCUGCUGGUUUUCUUGGUUGUCUAAUCUAGGCCUAUGUCUCAGCUCUUGCCCAAAAUUCUGCUUGUCCUAUAGUUCUGUUAUUAAAUAUAGGUCAGACAAGGAGCCGAAGGGAAUGUAUUGGAGAUAUUGGUCUAAUUCACAUUAUUCUGAAAAAUGGGAGAUAUUAUUUCAUUUUAACAGGUUUCAAGCUAAUUGUAAUAUAAAUAUGGGUAGCAGAACCCGUUAAUGCUUUCCUUGUGUAUAUAGCUAGAAAAUGUAUAAAUAUGAAUUAUAUAUUUACAUGUCUUUUUAAGAAAAAAAAAAAGUUAUGAAAUAUAUACCAGUUUGGUAGUAAAGUGGCUGGUAGAUGUCAGUUGCUAUAAACAAAAAAAAAAAAAUCAUAUAUUUUGCUACAUUUUCAGUUUGUAUUUUUUUUUAAAUUAUGUUCUAAGAUUUUCUUAUUUCCAGUACAAGUCCCUUAAUAAAGAGAAUCGGCUUCAGUUGACA